AUGCGUAUAAAACGUAUUGAAAUAGAUGGCUUUAAAUCAUAUGCCCAACGACAGAUUAUUGAUGGUUUUGAUGCACAGUUUAAUGCAAUCACAGGUUUAAACGGUUCAGGCAAAUCAAAUAUUCUGGAUGCUGUUUGUUUCGUUCUUGGCAUUUCCAAUUUAAGUCAGGUUCGUGCUGCACAGCUUUCGGAUCUCGUUUAUAAACAAGGUCAGGCUGGUAUCAGCAAGGCUACAGUAACAAUUACAUUUGAUAACACAGACAUGUCUAAUCGUCCUGUUGGCUUCGAUAAAUAUGAUGAAAUUAUUGUUCGGCGGCAGAUAGUAAUAAAUGGUCGAAACACGUACACCAUCAAUGGUGCUGCAGCAACAAACAGCAGAGUUGCGGAUAUGUUUCGGACAGUUGGCUUGAAUGUAAACAAUCCACAUUUCUUAAUCAUGCAAGGACGAAUCACAAAGGUCCUUAAUAUGAAACCAAUGGAGAUCGUAGGGAUGAUCGAAGAAGCGGCAGGAACGCGAAUGUAUGAGACAAAAAAGCAGAGUGCUGUACGGACAAUAGAAAAAAAGGAAGGGAAAAUGGCUGAAAUCAAACAGCUUAUGGAGGAAGACAUCCUACCACAGGUGGAGAAGUUGAAACGAGACCGUAGUAAUUUCCUCGAAUAUCAAAAAAUUGGCCGAGAAUUGGAAGCACUUCAACGAAAGCUUAUCGCAUUUGAUUUCAUGAGCUCAUUGACUCUUAGCCGCACUUUGCAAGAUGAUAUUGCUAGCUUGAAAAAUCAAGUUCGCGAAGUUGACAAGGUCAUUUACGAUACGAAGGAAGAGUUGAAUCGGAAAGAGCUCCGUCUUAAAGAACUCGAAGAUAAUAAGAGUAAUAAAACCAAAAAAGAAAAGAAGGAAAUUGAAGACCGUAUAAAAAGUACUAUGGCAGCAUUAACGGUAGCAGAGGCAGAUUAUGAUGCUAUGCGUGACAAAAGGAAAGAAACGAGGACUGCUAUUGAUCGCAAGACAAAAAGUAUUCAAUCGGAUAAGAGUGAACUGGAAAGGAAAUGCCAGGAACUAAAGAAACUUGAAACUGAAAUUGGUGGUGAGGAAAAGCGUGGCAAAGAGGUAGAGGAAGCAGUAAAACAUGCACGGAAUAAAAUGGAAGCAUUGGCGAAAGGCAUGAUCACUGAUGAGGAUGGACAUGCCGUCACUUUAGAUGCUCAGCUAACAGCACAGCGAAGCACAUUGAGUGCACUAGAGACGAAAAUAAAAACGGCUCAAAUGAGAUUGAAACAGCUAGAACCAUUAUUAGCAAAAAAGAAAGACGAACUGAAUGCAUGCACUAGUCAAGCUGACUCGGAAGAACGUGAGCGAUCAAAUUUAGAGCAACAAGUGCGAUCCAUAGAGGCUAAAUUAAAUGAACUAAAUUUCAAUGAAGAAGCAGGACUUCGAAUUGCCAAUGAACGUCGAACGCUUACUACAGAACGCAGUGCUUUGACCGAUGCUGUAAUGGAUUUUGAAGCUCGGAAUCCAUAUUUGAAAUUCGACUAUUCGGAUCCAUAUCCAAAUUUUGACCGUCGUUUAGUUAAUGGAAUUGUUGCUAAAUUAUUCCGAAUUCGUGAUUUUCGAUUUGCAACCGCUUUGGAAGUUGCUGGUGGUGGAGCUUUGUAUAAUAUCAUCGUACAAAAUGCCAAAAUUGGACGAGAUUUGUUGAAAAAUGGUAAUUUGAGACAUCGAGUAACUAUUCUGCCAUUGGACAAGAUCGAAAGUCGAAUACUUGAUAGUCGUAAAUUGCGACGAGCACAGGAUUUGGUUGGCAGGGAAAACGUUUUCAUAGCAAAAGAUUUGAUUGAAUAUGCACCGGAACUGGAACCGGCUAUGUGUCAUGUGUUUGGCAAUGUCUUCAUAUGCACAAGUGAUAAUGAUGCAAAGAAGGUAACGUUUGAUGGCCAAAUCAAUGCAAGGUCGGUAUCUUUAGCCGGCUCUGACUUCAAUCCUGGUGGCGUGCUGACUGGAGGAUCACGUGGUAAUAAGACUGCGCUUUUGACAUCUUUGGAUACCACACUGAAAAAUAUUGAACGUAUCACCGAAAUCGAUUGUCAUCUGCAUCAAUUGGAAGAUCAGCUGGAAAAAUUGGCACCAAUUCGGCAGCAGUACAUUAAACUGAGUGACGAGCAUGGGCAAUGCUCUAGACGUCUUCAAAUUAUCAAAGAUAAUAUGAAACACAGUGCUGCUCAAAUCUUACGCAAUGAAAUUGCUGAUAUAGAAUCAGAAAUUCCACAGUACCGAAACACAGUAGAAAGUGGCAACGUGGAACGGAAGAAACUGGAAGAAAAAAUAGGUGUUUUAAAUGAACGAAAAAAGAAUGAAAAAAUGUUCCAGGAAAAAGAGAAGAAAGAAGCACAAAAAGACUUGAGUACAGCAGAAAAGGAAUUAGCGAGUUUAAAAAGCAGUUUUGAAAAGGCAAGAGUUUCUCUCGAAACAUUGAGGGAAGAAAUAGCUUCACUGCAAAAGACAAUCGCUGAAGACGAGGAGGAAUUAUCAGUUUUUCUGAAGGAAACUAAACAAGGUGUUGAAGAAAUGACUAUUCUGGAAAGUAAUGUUGCGAAAGCGAAGGAAGCAGCGGAAGAGGCAAAAAAAGAAAUGCAGAAAUUUACGGAAAGGAUGCGUGAACGUGAUGCUUACAUGCGAUCUGUAAUAGAAACUGUGAAUGCACUUAAAAAAAAUUUGACAGAAUCGGAUCUUAAGAAAGAACAAUUACAGAAGGACAUUCAGGAUAUGAAAAAGAAUGUAGAAGAUUGUGCUAGAAGGGCCGCUAGAUUGGAGAAGCAGCAUAGUUGGAUUGCAGAAGAAAAGCAUCAUUUCGGUCAAACUGGUACUACUUAUGAUUUUACUGAUUAUUCUCUCCAAAAAGGUCAGAAAGAAUUGGAGGAUAGGACUACUCGAAAACAUGCACUAGAAAGAAGUAUCAAUGCGAAAGCGAUGAAUAUGUUAGGAACUGCGGAAGAGCAAUGUCGACAGUUAGAAGCGAAAAUGGAACAGUUAAUGAAUGAUAAAGCGAAAUUGUUAGAUGCAAUUCAAAAAUUGGAUAUCAAAAAGAAAAAUGAAAUUAUUAAAGCUCAUGAAAAAGUGAAUCGAGAUUUUGGUAAUAUUUUUUCUACAUUACUGCCCGGAACAAGUGCAAAAUUGGAACCUCCUACUGGUGCCACUUCGGCAUUGGGUGGUUUGGAAGUAAAGGUUGCUUUCAGGAACAAAUGGAAAGAUUCACUUGGCGAACUAAGUGGUGGUCAGCGGUCUUUGGUAGCCUUAUCCUUAGUAUUGGCAAUGCUGAAGUUCAAACCUGCUCCUAUUUAUAUUCUGGAUGAAGUUGAUGCUGCACUUGAUUUGUCACAUACUCAAAAUAUUGGUGCUAUGAUCAAAACACAUUUCAAAGAAUCACAGUUUAUAAUAGUAUCACUGAAAGAUGGGAUGUUCAACCAUGCAAAUGUACUUUUCAAAACCCGAUUUGUUGAUGGUACCUCUACAGUGAUCCGUACCGAGAACAAAGAUCAAUGGAUUAUUGAUGAACCGAUGGAAAUACGUGGUAUUGAGAAAGAGAAUGACGGUAAUAUUCCAAGGAAACGACGAAAAGAAUGA